GCAUAUAAAUGAGGUUCAGGGUAGCCUGUAACUCUCUAGAUGUCAUAUUAGAUAAUAAGUAGCAAGGCUCAGAUUUGGACCCAGGUCCUCUGAUUCCCAAUCCCGUUCUCUUUCCAUUAAACCAUGCUGACAGAUAAAUAUAAGUUCUAUAAAAUACAAAAUAAUUGGGGGCACUAGAGUAAUAACACCAUGUGGCAACCAGGAAAACCUCCUUUAAGGGAUGGCACUUGAGCGGAGCAAGGUAUUUGCAAGAGAAUGAGGUGAGCAGGACAUUAUGAAAUAUAGACAAAUAAGAAGAGCAAAGGAGACAUUGAGGGGAGGAGGCAUGUUGUUCACAAAAGGUUUAUGGAAGUUCAUAAAAUCAGAAAUUGAGAACUAGAAGAGGAUCCUGGAGGUCAGGUACUGUAACCCUCCCCCCCCCUCCCCAUUCUUCAAUGGAGAAAUUGAGAUCAAAGAACUUGUCCAAGGUCACUCAAAGGAGUGACCAGGUUCAGAGCCUGAUCCUUAAUUAAAGGUAGUCAGACCUGUACUGGGCUGUGGAUGGAAGAGACAAUCUUAGGAGGUAGGGGGAAAUAUCCAACUCCAAGGUACUGCCAACAGGUUGGCAUCUGCUUGUGGAUGGUUUCACACACCAUGUUGAGGGAUUAAUAUUUUGUCCUAAAAUAAUUGGAAGGGUCUUUUUUUUUUUUUGAGCAGGAGAGUAACCUGGACAGAACUCUGCAUUGCUUGGACAGAUGUGUGAAGGGUGAAUUGGAGAGGAAAGAGACUGGAAGUAGGGAAACCUGUUAUAGUUCAGGUGAGAGUUGAUUGCCUGAAUCUGGAUGCUGGCAGUGUGAAUGGAGAGAAGUGGACAGAUGUGAGAGAGAUCUUUGAAAGAGAAGAGGUAGUGACUGAUUGUGUUAGAUGGCAGGGUUUGUGGAAGAAAGAGAAAAAAAACCCUGACAUUUAAAGGAUAGAUGAUCAGGCAGAAAUAGACACGUUUGCAGAACUGAGGGGUUUGGGAUAAAGUUAUUGAGUUCAGUUUUAGAUAUGUGGAAUUUGAGUCAAAAUUUAUAUAUAUUCAUGUCUAAAAGAUUCCCAUUAAAUUAAUGUGAGCCUGAGGUGUUUGGGUGUUGUUGGGGUGUGAAGAUAAGCUCUGGUUAUACUGUGGUGUCCUUUUCAGUAGUAGGGUCUUGGCUGGGCACAACCAGGAGGACCAGUCUGAUAUUUUUUAUCUAAUAGAGUCCUUGGAACCAGAGAGUAUUUCAUUUCUGUCUUUGUAUUAUCUUUAGCUAAGUGCCUAGGAGAAUGCCCAGCACCUAAUAGGUGCCUAAUAAAUGCUUGUUUAAUUGAGUGCUCUGACCAGUUGUGGUUGAGGUUUGAGAUUGUUGGCAAACCCUUUAAACCCAGGGUGGGCUCUGAUUUUGUGAAUAUUGAAUUAAAGCUUCCUUUCUAAACAUUUUAAUCAGGUAAAUGGCAACUGGCUUCCCCCAAAACCCUAAACAAAAUGCCUGUUCAGGAAAACAUGUUAAAUGUGCAAAUUUUAAGUCUAUAAUUAGUGAGUAAGGAGCCCGCUAAUUCUUCUCUGUUAACGCCAGAGAAUCCAGUUGUCCUUGAGUUUUCCUAGUGCUCGCAUUAGGUUACAUGGAAAGCAGUCAUUGGGUGGCCUGGCCAGCCUCUAACUUUCCUCAGGUUUGACAUGUAUCUCUCCCUCCCACACACAAUGUUAGAGACUGGGAGCAGAGGCUUCUCUGUUCAAGGCACAGCUCCUUCAGAUCAACACGUCCCUGUUUCCACACGCCAGCUCUAAUCAGAGCUGGUCACACCAGAGGCAGUGGUCAGGCGUACUCGUGCUUUGGGCAUUGGGAACAAGGGCAAAGCAGGUAUGCCCUUUCUCUGGGAUAUGCCUUCACUCAGGGAUCCUGGAGAGAUGCUGCUGACUAGAUGGCCUGGAAACACAGCUGGAAAAAUGAAAAAGGAUUUCCAGGAAGGAGGACCAGGGCGUGGGGAAGUUGAGACACGGGAAUGCAUCUACUACAAUGCCAACUGGGAACUGGAAAAGACAAACCAGAGUGGUCUGGAACGUUGUGAGGGAGAGAAGGACAAGCGCCUUCAUUGCUAUGCUUCAUGGAGGAAUAGCUCUGGUUCCAUUGAACUUGUGAAGAAGGGCUGCUGGCUGGAUGACUUCAAUUGCUAUGAUAGGCAGGAAUGCGUAGCCACUGAAGAAAACCCCCAGGUCUACUUCUGUUGCUGUGAAGGAAACUUUUGCAAUGAAAAGUUCACGCACUUACCUGAGGUCACUGGCCCUGAAGUUACCUAUGAGCCACCUUCGACUGUCCCUCUGCUCACAGUGCUUGCAUAUGCCUUGCUGCCUAUCGGGGGCCUCUCUCUGGCUAUCGUCAUUGCAUUCUGGAUGUACAGGCACCGAAAGCCUCCCUACGGUCAUGUGGAUGUCAAUGAGGACCCGGGUCCUCCACCCCCUUCUCCACUUGUUGGCCUGAAGCCAUUGCAACUGCUGGAGAUCAAGGCCCGGGGACGUUUUGGCUGUGUCUGGAAGGCUCAGCUUAUGAAUGACUAUGUAGCAGUGAAGAUUUUCCCAUUACAGGACAAACAGUCCUGGCAGAGUGAACGAGACAUCUUCAGCACACCAGGCAUGAAGCAUGAAAAUCUGCUCCAGUUCAUCGCAGCUGAAAAAAGAGGUUCCAACCUGGAGGUGGAGCUGUGGCUCAUUACAGCCUUCCAUGACAAGGGUUCUCUCACAGAUUACUUAAAAGGGAAUAUUGUUACUUGGAACGAGCUGUGUCACGUAGCAGAGACCAUGUCCCGAGGUCUGUCCUAUCUGCAUGAGGAUGUGCCCUGGUGCCGGGGAGAGGGGCACAAGCCAGCCAUUGCCCACAGGGACUUCAAGAGCAAGAAUGUCUUACUGAAGAGUGACCUCACAGCUGUCCUGGCUGACUUUGGACUGGCUGUGCGGUUUGAACCAGGAAAGCCACCAGGGGACACACAUGGGCAGGUUGGAACGAGGCGGUACAUGGCCCCUGAGGUGCUGGAGGGAGCAAUCAACUUCCAGAGAGAUGCUUUCCUGAGAAUUGAUAUGUAUGCCAUGGGGCUGGUUCUGUGGGAGCUGGUGUCUAGAUGCACAGCUGUGGAUGGGCCAGUGGAUGAGUACAUGUUACCCUUUGAGGAGGAGAUUGGUCAACAUCCAUCGCUGGAAGACCUGCAGGAGGUGGUGGUGCAUAAAAAGAUGCGCCCUGCCUUCAAGGAUCACUGGUUGAAGCAUCCUGGAUUGGCACAGCUUUGUGUGACCAUCGAAGAGUGCUGGGACCAUGAUGCCGAGGCCAGGCUCUCUGCAGGCUGCGUGGAGGAACGCGUGUCCUUGAUUCGCAAAUCUGUCAAUGGCACUACCUCGGACUGCCUCGUCUCCCUUGUGACAUCUGUCACCAAUGUGGACUUGCCCCCCAAAGAGUCGAGUAUCUAAGUCCUGGGUCAUAUUUGUUUUUCCAGACUCAGUGAAUUUGAAGAAGAAAAAAGUUAAAAAAAAACAAAAAAAAGAACCAUAAAACCAACGAACACAUGAAUGCAGCUGCUAUUUUAUCUUGACCUUUUUAUUAUUAUUAUUAUUAUAAUUAUUAUUAUUAUUGUUAUUUUUUGAUUGGAUCAAUUUUUACCAGCAUAUUGUUCUACUGUAUUGAAAACAAUGGACAUCUCAGCAAGCAUUCAGGUCCCGACUCAUGAAUGCAGAAACGGUGCCCGGGCCGCAGAACCUCAACAACCUCGUUUUCCGUUUGUGAUUCAGUUUUUUAGGUUUUUCUUUGUUGGUCUGUUUUCUCCACAGAACAUCUGUGACACAAAGAAACCCAUCUCCCAUCUUAGGAAACAUAAUGCUGCAAACUUUGGAGGAAACUUUAAAAGACUGUUACAAAAGACGCCUUUCUCCAAAAAAAAAAAAAGGUGUUCCUUCCCUAAGUCCACCCUUCCUCAGCCCCCCACUCCUUUUACAUUAUUUUCCCCCUUUUAGACAGUGAGCUUCAAAAACAGCAGAUGUGUCUUUUACGGAUCUAACGGGUGUCAUUGUAAUGGAGGAAAAACCAGGAAGAGGAUGUUAACUCCUGGGAUAUGGGGGUGACCAGGGGGGAGGUUGGUGCUGGGGGUGGGGUAGGGAAGGGGGCAUCGUUGGACUUUGCAGCAUUUGGAGAAACAUCAUUUGUUAUGGAGCUACUUCUCAGGUAAUCAGUGAACGAGGGGAAGGACAUUUUGGACACAGAGCAUUAAUAGCAAACCCAGAGUUUGGAGAAAGCAAUUCAGAAAGCCUGAACUGUUCUUUUGAGUUCACUAGCAACGUUACUUCUUCUUCUUCCAUUGUCUUAGACCUGGAUAUAACCAGGGUUGUGAGGGAAAAGGAAAAUGAAUUUCUUCCUUCCUUCCACCCCAACCAACUUCCAGAUAAAAUUUCCUCUUAUUUGAGAAACGUACUUAUUUUCCUCCCCUAAAAAAAGUAAUUGUGAAGUCAUUAACCAAAUAGACUAUUCCUUUUUCCCCCCCCUUUCUUUUUUUUUUUUAAAGAAAAACAGUUUUAAAUUCAUGGUCUUUUCUUAAGGUGAAUAAAUUGAAGGGACCUUGCCUCUUCCUGGAGAGGUUCAAGGAAUAAACCUAAGGGGCUGAAUAAUGGCCCAGCCUGAACAGUCAUUUAAGACCAUGAAAAGAAAUGCAGUAAAAUUGCUAGCUCUUUAAGGAGAGAGUUUUAUUUAGAGGGAGGGAGAAUGACCUGGGCCUUUGGCCAAGGACUACAGCACUACUUCAGCACCCAGGAAACAUCAGGAUGAAGACAGCACCAUGGGGGUGGGGGUGAUUUUAAGAGCAGCCAGUGUGAUGGUUUUUAAUAUGUUUUUUUUUUUUUAAUCAAGUGGCUUGCUGAUAUGGCUUUCUCCAAAUCCUGUGAUGAAAUUUUGUCUUAAAGUGGUGCAUAUCUUAAAUACCGUUAUUCUAUUAUGCCAUAAAUUUGCUCUAGUCAGUGAAUGUUCCUAAUGCUGCUGAUUCAACAUUUAAAUAUUUUUUAAUUUGCAAAACAUACAAUGUUUUAAAACACACACACACACACACACACACACACACACACACACACAUGCUACGUGGCUUCCGAAGUUUAAACUGAAAAGAAAAAAAAAGAAAACUUCAUGACCACAGACCACCUCAAACCAGAAAUACCUCAGAAUUUUCUACUUGUAUGAGUUUUAUUAUAUAUUUUGUUGUGUUGUCUUGUAGUAAGUAUAUUUUAAUGUAUGUUGGCUUUUAUGACAAGGGAGUUUUAAAAAAAGAAAAAAAUAGAAAAAAAGUUCCAAAAUCUUUUAGGAAGUGCUACCAUUUUUUUGUUUGGUAAUGACCCAUUCAUUGUAAAUAACUGUGUCCGGUUGUAGAAUGGUUGCCUGCUUAAGGGAUCCCUGGGCAUUAGUCACUCUUAUUUGCGAAGGCUGUUUCCAUCCUUUGUUUCUUUGGUCCGUUUUAUUAAAAGACAGUACAUCCUUUUAUCUUAAGGGAUGGAGAGUUUGGGUGUGCAGAAUGGGGAAGUGAUUUUAUUGCAUUGGAACUGACCUUCAGUGAAAAGUAGUAUCCUUUUUUAAAAAAUCAUUCUUUGGCAUUUUCUUCAUACCUUAAUGAUUAUCGGAAUGAAGACUAACCCCAAUUUUUCCUCAUACUAAAACAAAUAUAGCUCUCAGCCUUUUAAUUGUGUGUAUUUCAAUAAGGGAUAUUUCACUUUAAAUUACACUUCUUAUGAGAAAUUACCAGAGAAGAUAGAAUAGGAUAGAUAGACGUAUGGACAAAUAACUACAUGUCUAUUGUAUCUGCCAUCAGAAUAAAUACACACUUAAUGUGAAUCGGAGGCUUUCUAGAAAAAGAUACCAUUCUAGGAGCAGUGGUUAAAUAGUUUCCCCAACUCACUCAUUUGCAAAUCUUGGCGUUUUCGGUUAUGUUCCCAUGUCCACAUGCAUGCAGAAUACUAUACACGCAUCACUGAAUCACUGAACAGUCUGCUCCUGAUACAGGAUCCCUCAAGGGAUGUCUUGAUGAUGGUAGUGUGGCUGAGGAAUGAUUUUGUAAUGUGGUUGAUUUGGGGCUGAUUGUAAGGAUUUUAUUUGCUCUGUGAGUAUAUGUCUACACAGGGGCUUGUGUAUGUCAGUAACUCUUGUGUUAAGGAGUUCCAUGGGGUGUGUGAGUUCACUCCCUUCUACCUUUCAAUAUUUUCCUCCUCUUCAUCUCUAAUGUUACAGGGGUUUGAAAUAUGGGCCAGUUAAGAUUGUUUCAGAGUAGGACAUGGGGUGGGGAUGGGGAAGGUGUACUGUCUGUUUUUCUAUGAUGAUCUCCAUGUUGUUUGGAUUUUUUUUUUCAUUCAGAAUUAUUCGUAAUGGCUAAAAUAGGCCUUACAGCAGUUGCUUUUUUGAAUCUAAUUUCUUUAAGAAGCUUUAAAAUAUUUAUUGAAAGUGCCAUAUAUAAUUUUUUAGCUUUCUCUGUUACUCAGUGUCAGUCAUCUCAACCUUCUCAUACAGAAGGAUAAAUUAAAACACGUAAAAAAUGUAGCUUAUUUUUACUGCAGGGAAUUGUUAGAUCACAGAUCCUUGUCAUCAAACACUGAACAUAUAGGGCCCUUGAGUGUUUUCUGGCUUUCAAGUUUUAUGCAGGUUGUUUUUUACUCUUUUCUUAAGUGGGUCUCAGCAGAAUCCAUGAGCAUGGUUUAGGUGGUGGCAUUUGACAGUGGCUGAAUCAGAAAGUCAUUCCCCUGAAGGUAACAUGGUAGAGUCUCCCUCUAGUGCUCAUUCUCCUUGGUAAACAGUCCCUGCAGACUGCUCAAAGGUUUGGUUUCAGCAGUUGCUCAAAAGGAGCCUGUAGGUGAUGGCAGUUGCAGCCCUCCUGGUGUUGGAUGAGGUGGUCCUCAGUCUUGUAUCUCUAAGGCUCCUUCUGCCUGUCUUGGUUGUGCUGUCAGAAGUACAAAUUUGAUACAUAUUGUUGGACCAGUGGUACAAAAGUCACUUUUUGCAACAAUGAUGUUGGUUGAGCUUUGGGCAGUUAGUUUGGUGCAACACUAACCAGGCUGAAAUGGAGCAUGGAAAAAUAGUAUCUGGGUGCUUUGUUCUUCUAAUAGUCUUUAUCUGUUUUGUAGCAAGUUGUUACCCAUCGGUUGAGCCCCCAUCUGCUUUUCCACCAAGAAAGUCUAACCAUUUGGUGGUGGGCGAUUCCUUCUCUCUUUCUUCCACUACUUUUCUCAUAAACAGUUUUCCUGACAAAGCUUGUCUCCUGUGUGCCACCACUGAGGUGGUAGGUGAUAGAUGCAGAAUGAAGCAUACAUUUUCAAACGUGGCCAGUUAUUGGUUUGUUUGGCAUGACUAGACUUGGUCUUUUACAAGGAGGGUUGUCAUUAUGAAGUAACAGUGAUCUUUUUUAAAGCACCCAUAAAAACUGUACAAGGAACUUAUGUGACCCCUAAUUUUAAGGAGCCCAAAGUAGUCUUGAUGUUUUAGCCCAUUCACCCAGAUAUCUCCAAAGACUUGCCAAUGGGGUUCUGCUUCUUUAACAGAGAUCGAGUGGGGCACAUGGGAUAAGUUAAGGGGACAGGAGAACUCAGUGAUCCCAGGAAUAAAUAUUUCCUGGUCAGAGUUCUUUAGCUCAUAUCAACUUCUUCUUAUGAAGUUAGAACUUUGGGGGAAAUUCUGGCCUGGGAAGCAUUUCUGAUAUGCUCCCACUCAGUUUUAUAGCAGGAAUAGUUGUAUGGCAGGAGCAUCCAUGAUCUGAGAAAUCCCAGUGAAGCACCCUGAUUUUUUGUGAUUUACUGUGUAGGGACCCAGUAGAAAUAGCACAGUCCCGAAUUGUGCAGCUGGCAGGGUAGGGGUGGGGAACAAAGCGCUAGGGUGCUGUAGAACAUCAGAUCUCAAAGGAGAGCCUCAGCUUAGAAUGGUCAGUUCUCAUCAGUGGCAGUCAGUGUGCUAUCCCGGACCCUAGGGGAGGUAUUCACGAGUCAUCUGUGUCAGGGGAGGACGUUUCAAAGGAAUAGCAGUCUUGGUGGGAAAGUAUUCAACUGAUUCCUUCAAGAAGGACCCCCAAAGCAUCAUCACCAUCAGCCGCAAACAUGAGAGGCAAGAGCAUGUUAGUAUGAGUAUGGGUUCAUCCCUAUUGCUAGACCUAUAAAACUAAGGCCAAUGUGAGGAAGACUAUUGGGGGACAAGGAGGAUCCCCUCCUUUUUGUUUUACUGUGAUGUCAGCUUUGUGCCCCCCUAAGAUCUUCAGUAUCUCUGCCCCUUGGUGGCAUUCCCAGGCUGAACUACAGUCCAUUGCACUAGGCUCUCAAUCCUUUAUUAAUCAGAAAUAAAGCUAUAACUGCUCUAAAACUCAAAUAUAAAGUUGGCCAUCUCCUCACUCCUAGAUAGAAGAACCUAGUUUAGUGCCAUUACUCAGUGAGGGAAUAUCCACUUGUGACCAUUAAAAAAGGGUUAGGAAGCCACAUCUUUGCCUCUGAACAUUCUGGCAAUUUCUUCCAUCAAUCUACUGAGUUAGACCAAACAAUGUAUCUCUUACUUUUAAACAGAUUGGUUAACAAUUAAUAGAAUUACUCAUUCAACUACAGCUUCUUUUUUUCCUGGUCACCAGGGUUGCAUUGGAGCAGGUGUCCGCUGUGACAAUGAUGAACUGUCACCAUAGGAGAAACAACUGUGCUUAUUCAGUUUUGCUGGAGCUUCCUUUGCUGAGUUCCCAGCAUCUGUAGGGUUCCAUUCAGAGAAUGUUUUUCAUAGCCUCUCAUCCAAUGAGAGUGAAAUUACUUUUUCCCAAGAAGUUUAAAUGGGCAAUAGAACUAGUCUGCAAAUUGUGAGACUCAAUUGUACUUGGUCCCUCUUGGAAACCGAACAUUGUUUUGUUUUUGUUGUUUGCUUUUUCAAUAUGGGACUCGAGUGUUGCUGGCACUUACUGGUAGACUGGAAAUUUUUUGUUAAUGUCCUAUUGGCAUAUCUUGAUGGGUUUUCAGUCUUGGAAAUGAAAAGGAAAUAACCAACCUCUCAUUUUAACUAGUUAGUUUACAAUUUAAUAUGGGCCAAAAAGGUAUUUUAAAAGGAUCCAUAAGAAUUAGCCCAGUUUAAAUAUCUGCUUUUUUAGCAGGAUAAAUAAAUUUUCAUAAGGACUACUAUUCAGAAAGAGAGACAGGUUGCAUUUUAAUGUUGCUAACUCUGUGGGUCAUAAACUUGUCUUAAGAAAUGAAUAAAAAUAUUUACUGGUCUGCAGACUUUCUAGCACACAGACAGGAAAAUGAAGGUUGCUUGCAUAAUUUUUCUAUUUGCUAUGCAUUGAUUACUUGUCCUAGGUGGCUGUUCAUAAGGCUAUCCUAAUUAACCUAACCACACCAGUCACAUCUAAGUCAUCAGGCAAUUAGAACUCUAUAUUUAACAUGAAUUUUUAGCAGUCUUGCAUUUCCAAAGGACAACUUCCAGUCCUUAGAAAUCAGAAAGUCAUAUAUUUAGGCUGAUGGUUCAGGAGAAUUUUAAGUCAUGAUCAACUUGAGUGUUUUGAAGACAUGAGCACACUAGUAGUGCAGGCCCAGUAAUUCAAGUGACACAUUAUUUAUGUUGAUAUUUUAAGCUAUUUAAUCUUCCCUUUGAUUUGGGUGCUCAGGAAUUUUUUAAUAAAUUGGUGGAUGUGGUUGUCAAAAUUGAAGGGAAGCUUAUGUGUUUGCCCUGAAAACAGACAUCACUUUUUUGGAAUAUGAUGGCUUAGUUUUUUAGGUAAAGAAAAGAAAAGGAAAAUUUAAAAAACUAUUCAUGAGAUUUAAAUGAUCUUUGAAUUAUUCUUGUUGGUUUUCCAAAAAAUUAUUUUAUUGUGUUAUUAGCCCUGGGGCUCUUGACUUAAAUAGAAACAAAAUACCAAUGAAAUAGUGGUGUAACUUGUUUAUAUUUUAAGCCCAUUUUUAAUGGAGUUUUAACAAUUAAUUCAGUUUUAACAAGAUUUUUGAAUUACAAUAUUCUUCACUCUUUGGAUUAUUGCCAAGAAUUUAACAUUUUCUUAGUAGACUAUCUUCCAUGGAUAAAGACUUUCUGAUAGGAGUUGUUCCAACCUAUUCCAAGAGUGCCAAAACUAAGCACUUAUAAUUCUACCCCGUGAUGCUUUACCCUAAGAGAGAUCAUAGUCUCUAUAUUAAAAUAAAAUAUCUAUCCACUUAUAUCUCUAUUGAUUUUCAUGAAUUAUCUCUCAUCCCUAGAUUAGAGGGUAUUUUUGAGACUGAUCAAAGCUUCUAGCAGAAUGGUCAUUUUAUUUAUUUUUCAUAAUGAGCUAUGGAAUUGGGUUUUUCUGAAUUCUGAAGAAAGAGAACUUGGAUAAGAGAUAGAAGAUGAUUUUUUAAAAAAGAAAUAUAUUUCUUUCCCAUGAAUUAAAAAUCAAAUCCUUUAAAUCAGAGAUGUCAAACAUGAGGCCCAUGACACUCAUAAUGCUGCCUGAUCCAGGUUCAAAAUGUAAUUGGGAAAUAUUUAACAAAAUAAAACAUAGAUAAGGUUGUGUUUCAAAAUGAAGUCAAAAUGUUGCCCACAGGGAUCCUUAUUUAUGCAUUAGUUGUCCCCAUUUUUAUUUGGGUUUGACACUUCUGCUCUAAAUGAUCCCAUGAAGAAGAACCCAGGCUAGAUGGGGGAGAAAAAUGUGAACAUUUUAUAAAAUGCCCUCCCUUGAAUGGUUGGCAUGUGGCCAUGGUAGCGCCAUUGUUAGGUAGGACUGUUCUGCUAAACUAAAUUACUGGCUAAUCUAGGCCAAGGUGCUGAGUAGGUCAAGACCCUCAAUCCCUUCUCCCUUACCCCCAAAUCCCUUUUGCAUUCAGAAUAUUAUUUAGAAACAUUGUAAAUAAAAAAGUAGGCUAUAUAGAGAAAUGACACUUGAAGUUUUACUUUAAAGAAUAUAUAUCUACAUAUAUAUUUAGUUACAUAAACUAGCAAGAAGUCUACACCUUGCGGAUUGUUUUAUACCACAGAUUAUUUUUAUAAAGUCUAAUGUGUUUCAACAAGAAUGAUUUUGUAAUCAGAUCAGCUGAAAAACUUACCUUUCAAAGUGUGCACUAGAGAAAAUCAAAGGUUCAGUACUUUAAUCUUUAAAGGAAAAAAAACAACUUAGUAUGACACUCUUUGGGACUACAGUCUGUUUUAACAUGGUUUUAUUUACCCAUGCCCAACCCAAUAUCAAACUCUUAUGUUCCAUAAAACAUAGUAACUUGUAGCUUAAGAGUAUGUCCAGGAGAUAUGAAGAGGAAUGGAAGAAAAUACCUAAAAUUCUUAUUAGUAGCUACAAAGAACAAAAUGAAAUUAAGAUUUGCCAAUUCGUGUGAUCACUCAGACUAGCUAAUUUGAGACUGAAUAUUUUAAAUAGAGUCUAAAUUAUUCUAUUGGGCUGUGUACAUUGAUCAAAGUUGAAGGAAAAU